UAUUCCUUGGAAUUCAAAGGCCGUCGACAGAAUGAGAAACUGCCAUUGGCUUGCUAUCGAAGGAUUCGCGUACGUAAUCGCGUCGCAUCCCCAGAUAUGGCUCAGGUGGCGCCCAUAAACAGUCAAGUUGAUUCAACAUCCAGUCUACUAUGGUAUAAUCUGAGACGGUAAAUAGUUCCAGAGGUUCAUCGCACGACAUUUUAUAGUUGUAGUCAUGUCAAAAGACCAAUCUCUCUAUCUCCCAGAUGGACGCACCCUCAGCUACACCACAUUUGGCAUCACCCCACAAUUGAACCAACCAACAAUCUUCCACUUCCACGGCCUCCCAGGCACCCAUCACGAAGGCCAACCCGUCCAUGAAGAAGCCACCAAACGCAGCAUGUGCGUCGUUGCCGUAACACGCCCGGGCUACGGCAGCUCAGCCUUCCAACCCAACCGCACAAUCCUUUCAUUCCCGAAAGAUGUCCUUCACCUAGCAGACCACCUCAAAGUCCAGCGCUUCGCCGUGCUAGGAAUCUCCGGCGGUGCUCCGUACGCCCUCGCGUGCCUUCAUUCGAUCCCAGCACCACGUCUUGCCGGUGUGGCAAUCGUCUCCGGGAUGUUCCCGUCGGAGCUUGGUCUGAGCGGAAUGAUGCUCAUGAACCGCCUUCUCUUCAACAUUGCGCCGUGGUCGCCGGGCCUCAUCGAGGCCAUCGCCGACUGGCAGGUCGGGAAUCUCGCUCGGGAUUCUGAGCACCCGGAGAGGCUCGCUCAAGCGACGGCUGAUGCCUUCAAGAGUCGUCCGGUUGAGGAUCGGGAAGCACUGUACGCUGGUGAUGGCAAGAUCUUGCGGGUAUUGGAGCAGAGCACGCGCGAUGCAUUUCGUGAGAGUAGUCGUGGAUUUGCAUGGGAAGCGAAACUAUUCGGGAGUCCUUGGGGGUUCGACUUGAAGGACUUGGUUGUACAGGAAGGGAAGUUGGCUAUCUGGCAUGCGGGUAAGGAUGUCAACGUCCCAUUGCGGAUGGCUGAGGAGGCGGCGGGGAUGAUUCGAGGUGCAGAACUCAGAGUUAUUCAAGAGGAGGCGCACAUCAGUUUGAUUUCACGUCGGAUUGGAGAGGUUGUCGACACUCUUGCAAGUAUGUUGGAGGCAUAGAAGUUGACAGUUGCCAUAAUGGUCUGGAGUUUCAUCUAAGCUGUUCAAUGUUGCCA